AUGGUGCUGGCACCGGUGUUAGAGUUGAAACCCCUACCGAAACAUUUGAAAUAUGCGUAUUUAGGCGACAACGAAACAUUCUCGGUGAUUAUCUCAGCUGCACUCUUAGAAACCCAGGAGGAUGGAUUUUCAGGAUAUUUGAAAAUAGCAAUUGCACCAGAUGAUCAAGAGAAGACGACCUUCACGUGCCCGUUCGGAACCUUUGCAUAUAGACGGAUGCCCUUCGGAUUGUGCAAUGCACCUGCAACUUUCCAGAGGUGUAUGGUAAGCAUCUUUUCAGAAUAUAUAGAGAAAAUUAUUAAAAUUUUCAUGGACGAUUUCAGUGUGUAUGGUGAUAGAUUCGAUACUUGUCUAGAUAACUUGAAAUUGAUCCUGAUGAGAUUUAUUGUAUUUUCUGAUCAUGCAGCGUUAAGAUACCUAAUGACCAAGAAAGAGGCAAAGCCGAGGUUAGCCUGUGGAGGUCAUUUUGGACCAAAACGAACUGCACAUAAGGUAUUGGAGAGUGGAUUUUAUUGGCCUUCACUGUUUAAAGAUGCGUAUGUAUUUUGUAAAUCCUAUGAUCGAUGUCAAAUGGUAGGAAAUAUAGCCCGUAGAGAUUAUAUGCCCCAAGUCCCGUUGAUUUUUGUAGAAAUUUUUGAUGUUUGGGGUAUAGAUUUUAUGGGGUCUUUUCCUACCUCAUUUGGUUUUUUAUAUAUUUUGUUGGCAGUCGAUUAUGUGUCUAAAUGGGUGGAGGCUAAGGCCAUUCGGACUAAUGGUUCAAAAGUGGUUGCAGAUUUUAUCAGGUCUAAUAUUUUUGUGCAUUUUUGGAUGCCGAGAGUCAUUGUUAGUGACAGAGGGACGCACUUCUGUAACAAAACCAUAGCCGCGCUGUUUCACAAGUACGGUGUACUCCACAGUGUCUUAACGUCAUACCACCCGCAGACCAAUAGUCAAGCAGAAGUAUCGAAUUGA